AUGUCGGGCUGGACAACCAUUUGGGUGCUCUUUGUCGCUGUGUGUAUCGGUGCUAUUGUUUGGAACACAGCCCCCAAAGGUCCCAACCAAGAGCUAAUCCGCUGGAGCGUUGCAUUGGGGCUGGCGUGCUGCUACAUGAUGUGGGCUUGUGUGUAUUUGGCACAGUUGCACCCAUUGAUCCAACCAAAGAGGAGUGAUGUGCGCUUCUUCGACUGA